ACAUAUUACACACUUACUACCAUUAGAUUCCAAGUCCAUCCCUUCCAAUGCUUCAAUAGAAGAUCUUGAUAUAGGGACCACCAGGGACCUCAUCAAAAUCCUAGCCAUUGAAUCUGCAUCUCCAUCAUCUUGCACCAACGACAAUGUCACUAUAUUAAUCUCCAUGGCCAUAUGUAACUCCUUACAAACUUUCAUGGCCGGCUCUGCCAUAUCACUAGCACCAAUGGCCAAGCUCUGUGCAGAGAAUUCACGGGCCAUUGGAUGAACAUUGAAGUAGGACAUGAUAUAUUGGAAACGUAUGGUGGAUCUAUUACGUUGAGAAUGUCGACGAAGCUUGUCUGAGAACAUCUGGAUGUUCUUAGAAGCCUCUGAAUCCUCGAUUUUGUACAUGUAUCCAUGGGAGGUGGCCGUGAGCUUCUGGGACCACUCGUUCAAGAAAGAUGAUUCUAGAACUGUGGUGUCCUAUCUAUGAAGCAACCCAAAAAUUUCCUGCAUAGGUCUUUGGGGACGAUCUAUGGGUGUACUGUCACAAGUUCUUGUUUGCAGGCACCACAAGAACAGAAGGAGCUGAUGAGCAAGACUUCGUCCAGGCCUUCUCAAACGCCUGUCCAAAUUGCACCGAAGAAAUAUAAGACUUCUUCAAACCCACACACACACACACACACACCAAAAAAACAAAAAAAAACAAAAAAACAAAAACAUGCCUAUUAGUCUAUUACAUUAGAAAUAAUUAAGCCAACGGAUUUUCUUUAUGUAUCCCUGCUUGGACUUCAUGCAGGUGAAAAACAUGGAAGCUCAGAUGAAAGAAGAUAUAAUAGCUGAGGUAACACAAUCUACACAAUCUGGUGGCCGAAUGCUAUUGCAUCAUGAAGAACUUAAUCCAGUGUCGAAGCAUUCCAGUGUAGAAGGGUACUGGGAGAACAUUUUAUUAGAUGAUGUGAAGACACCUGCAGAAGUAUAUGCCUCUCUGAAAGCUGAAGGCUACAAUAUUGAGUACAAGAGGGUACUGCUAACACGAGAAAGAGAAGCUUUAUUGACAGAUAUUGACGCAAUCCACUCCUGUCAAGAUGAGUAUGUAUCAUGUAUCAGACAGCUAGCAACUAUUAUCUGUUUUACGAUCUGCAGGUUGAUAUCUUUUUGUGUCACACACUGGUUAUGGGGGAGCUGCUUAUGCAAUAGCGAUCACUUGUCUUACACUGGUUAUGGUGUGCCCUGCCAUGAUGUUUUGUUUCAUGAUCCCAAGCACAAGAAAAUUUAUGCAACUGGACUGAGAUUUGCUAGGUGCACAUGCAGGUGUAAUAUAUUAGCCCAAAAGUCUGUCUGGAUGUACUUUAGAAUGAGAAUUGAAGAGAAUGAGUGGGAUUCCAUAGCACUUUCUAUUUCAUGUCGAUGUUCAAAUGCCCGGCCUUGACACUGGCAACACUGGAAAAGUUAAGAAGAGUUUUUCUAUGGCAUGGUAAGGAAGAGAAGAAGAAAUUUCAUUUGGUCGAUUGGAAGGAGGCGUGUAAGCACGUACAAGAAGGCGGGGCUGGUAUAAAGGACCUUAAGAGUAUGAAUUGGGCCCUCUUAGGCAAAUGGACCUGAUGACUAGGGAGGGAGGACGGGACCCUCUGGAAUAUGUUAGUUAAGAAAAAGUAUGGGCGUUUAGAGGGGAGUUGGUGGACCAAGGACUCAUCCAACUACAGAGCUUCGGCGUUAUGGAAAGGGGUACCAUCCAUUGAAGUUAGGAAUAUCGACUCUCAUCCUGAACUCUCGAUUUGCUCGAUCGAUGUCUUGUCCGGGAUAUUGGAGUAGCACGUCGUCGACCUCCUCGUUGAUGGAUCUCCCUCUUCAAGGAUGAUCCUUUGGUUCAAUGUCGGCACUAUCCCACGAUCAAUGUAAUUACGAGUUCUCACACCCGCUAGUGGCGGGUCACCGCCAUGAACACGGAGUGGCCCUAGGGCCUCC